CAAAAAGGCAAGCUCAUUGCCUUACGGAGAUCAAACGCAGUAGCUCUCCACGUGCGCCUCACGCGUGACCAACUCGCCUUCUCCCAUCGCUCUCCCCACUGAAGAGAAAUCGACUUCUCAGCAUUAUCGAAAACUUACCCGCAAUCUCACAAGAUGGCGACCACAGCCUUUACCAAAUCUGUGACCUCCGCCAUGCAGCGCAUCGCACCCCUCGUCUUGGCUGGGUCCUGGGACAAUGUUGGGCUCAUACUCGAAUCGGCGACCGCAAGCAACAGCAACAAAGUCCUUCUGACCAUCGACGUCACACCUGCCGUCUGUGAAGAAGCGAUCUUCCAUAACGUUUCAAUGAUAGUGUCCUAUCACCCGCCCAUAUUCCACGCACUCAAGUCUCUGACUCUGUCGACUCCCUUACAUAAAACGCUUCUUCGAUGUGCCAGUGCUGGCAUUUCGAUCUACUCUCCCCAUAGCGCACUUGACAGUGUUUUCGAUGGGAUGAAUGACUGGCUAGCCAAGUGCAUCGAAGCAGACCCCCAACGGGUGUCGUGUCUCGACACCAAGCCGUCGACUGCAGCCAUCGGUGGCGAUGGCCGCCGUGUUACUUUCGACCCCCCAAUCUCCAUGAGCGUUUUGGAGGAGCGAAUCAAGAAACAUCUGAGUCUUUCUCAGAUUCAAGUCGGAUACUCGAAAAUCAAGCCCGAUCGCCUCGUUCACACUGUUGCCAUCUGUGCUGGAUCAGGCGGAGGUAUGUUCCAGAGUCUGAAGACAAUUGCGGAUGUCUAUUUCACGGGGGAGAUGCAGCAUGAUCAGGUCCUUGCGGCACUCGGGAGCGGAACCCAUGUCAUCCUUUGCGGGCACACCAACACCGAACGCGGUUUCCUUCCCAUUUUGGCAAACCGAUUGACUUCUGAGCUCAAGACGGAUGCUACUGAUGUUGAAGUUCUCGUCAGUCAAAGUGACGCACAUCCUCUACAGAUAAUUUGAACAGGAAGUUGUGGACAAGUCACCCAUCGUUAAGCUGUUGGUCGUCGGUAACAUGUACAUAGGCAACAGAAUUGAUCUAGCUGCUGACCUGAGCCAUAAAGCGUGCAAUGC